AUGUUGGCCAUGGCCGACUACGCGAAGCUGAACUUCGGUGGGCUGCUACCCAGUGGAAACGAGUCCUCGCACGGCGUGGACAUGCCGAAAAGCAUGUCGGUCUUGCUGGGAGCAGACUACGGCAAGCUUCUGGUGAACAGGGAAAAUCCUCAGUUUGAUCACUGCUUUUACUCAGAGGAAGAGAUUUUCCUUGAUGCCGCGAAGAGCCCCCCCUGGUCGAACGGCCAGUCGGUGCUUUUUGCAACCUGCCGCACAGGGCCCUGGUACGCGGACGUUCUGCUCACAGACGAGUUCCGGAAGAAGCUCCGUGAGUCCUCUCCUCUCAUGAGGCAGAAGGUCCCCCACUUUGAGGGCGCGCUGAAAGAGGGUGGCAAGAUCACCGUCGCUAUGCAUGUCCGUCGCGGAGACCUGGAAACGGGCUCCUGGCGGGCAGUCCCAGACGAAACGAACUAUCGCAUCAUCGAUAGGAUCAAGUCUGCAUUCGACAAUGUUGACUUCCAUGUCUACAGCUCUACAGAAGGGAAGCACACGGAGUCUGAGUUCGAUGGCUACCGCAAUCGCGGCGUGAGCGUCCACCUUGAUGGAGAAGUUGAUGAAGACUGGGCCCACAUGGCUCAGGCCAGAGAUUCAGGUGUAGAGUUUUUUGGUUUAGUGUUUCGGGUUUUGGGGUUUGGGCAUCAGUUCAGGGAUUUCGGGGUUGAUUGUGCUUGA